AUGUCUGCUUCUGCAGUUGCAACGUCCGCUUCCCCAGUGGCUGCCCCGUCAGUGUCAGUUGAGAAGAAGGUGGCCACCAAGAAGGCAUCUGGAUCCGCUGCCCCAAAGGUGAAAAGGGCUGCUGCCCCGCCAUCGCAUCCGCCAACUCAACAAAUGGUGGACGCAUCCAUCAAGAAUCUGAAGGAACGUGGCGGCUCAUCGCUUCUGGCAAUUAAGAAAUACAUCACUGCCACCUAUAAAUGCGAUGCCCAGAAGCUGGCUCCAUUCAUCAAGAAAUACUUGAAAUCCGCCGUGGUCAAUGGAAAGCUGAUCCAAACCAAGGGAAAAGGGGCGUCUGGCUCAUUUAAACUGUCGGCCUCCGCCAAGAAGGAUCCGAAGCCGAAGCCUGCGUCUGCUGAGAAGAAGGUGAAAAGCAAGAAGGUAGCCGUCAAGAAGACCGGAUCCACCGCCAAGAAAGCUGCCGCCGGAGCUGACGAGAAGAAGCCCAAGGCUAAGAAGGCUGUUACCACCAAAAAGUCCGCAGAGAAGAAGAAAACCGAAAAGGCAAGGGCCAAGGAUGCCAAGAAAACUGGAACCGUAAAGGCGAAGCCAACAGCAGCGAAGGCCAAGUCGAUCGCAGCGAAGCCAAAGGCGGCGAAAGCACCAAAGGCCAAGCCAGCGGCGUCUGCUAAGCCCAAAAAGGCGGUGAAAAAGCAGCUGCUCCUGCUACCGCUAAAAAGCCGAAAGCCAAGACUACGGCUGCCAAGAAGUAAAUUGUGCAAAAGUACAGUACCUGGUACCUGCUCGCAAUCGCUAUUUUAG